GAGGAGGAUGAUCCAUGGACACUCCCUCAGCUCCAGAACCAGGGGCCCCGAUGGAGCGAAUUGGAUCGGGUUGGGAAGAUGAAGCAUGUCAUCAAAAGGAUCAUCAUGACUGUUCUGCUCAUUGCUUUUCUUUAUGUCUUUGUUUGUUCUCUUGAUGUCCUCAGUUCAGCAUUUCAACUCGUUGGAGGGAAGGCGGCCGGUGACAUAUUUGGUGAUAACACAAUCCUGGCCAACCCCAUCGCUGGCCUUAUGCUGGGGGUGCUGGUGACCAUCCUGGUACAGAGUUCUAGCACAUCCUCUUCCAUUGUGGUUAGCAUGGUCUCUUCGGGCUUGCUCAGUGUUGAGGCUUCAAUUCCCAUUAUCAUGGGGGUCAACGUAGGAACAUCAGUGACCAGCACCUUGGUAUCCUUAGCUCAGUCUGGAGAACGUAAUGAGUUCAGGAGGGCCUUUGCAGGUUCAGCAGUACAUGGCAUAUUUAACUGGAUGACAGUUGUCGUUCUCCUUCCCAUUGAGAUUGGCACUGGCUUUCUGUACCAUGUCAGCAAGGCCUGCAUCGAAAGCUUCAACAUUCAGUCAGGAGAGACCACACCAGACAUCCUGAAAGUCAUCACAGAGCCCUUCACCCACCUAAUCAUUAAGUUGGAUAAGUCAGUGAUUUCAGCCAUUGCCACUGGAGAAACAGGGGCCAGGAAUAGGAGUCUCAUCCAGAAGUGGUGCAAAUUUAACGAACUAACGGUUUUGAAAAAUAUAACAGUGACAAAUCAGACUGAGUGUGAGGUUUUACACUGCUUUCAAACAGGGAAUGAGACAAUCGCACUGAAAAACGACACAGAGAUUGAGAACCUGCAGUUGUGUAACCAUAUAUUUGUGAACACAACCCUCUCUGAUACGGCAAUUGGGUUCAUUUUGCUUGUAGCAUCAUUGUUUGUUCUGUGUGUCUGCCUGGUCCUCAUUGUAAAGCUACUGAAUUCAGCUCUAAAGGGAAAGAUGGCACAAGUGAUGAAAAAAGUAUUCAAUACAGACUUCCCCUAUCCCUUCGGUUGGCUGAAUGGGUAUUUGGCGAUUAUAGUUGGUGCCGUCAUGACUUUCAUUCUUCAGAGCAGCUCAGUGUUCACAUCAGCAAUUGUCCCACUUAUAGGGAUCGGUGUGAUCAGUCUGAAGAGGGCAUAUCCCCUGUGUUUGGGGUCAAAUAUCGGAACAACAACCACAGCAAUACUGGCAGCCCUGGCGAGCCCAGCUGAACAACUGGGCAAUGCUGUACAGGUUGCCCUCAUCCAUCUGUUCUUUAACUUGGCUGGAAUUCUCAUCUGGUAUAGUAUUCCGUGCAUGCGAAUCCCGAUCCAAUUGGCCAAGGUGUUUGGGAAUGUUACUGCUUGCUAUCGUUGGUUUCCCAUCAUGUACUUGCUGCUCAGUUUCAUCCUGAUCCCAGGGACUCUCUUUGGGUUGUCCAUGGCAGGUUGGAUAGUGCUAGGAGCCAUUGCUGGGCCCAUCCUCAUCAUUGUCAUCCUCAUUGUCAUCAUCAACAUCAUCCAAAAGAAGUGCCCCCAAAUUCUGCCCUCGAAGCUACGAUCCUGGGACUUCCUACCCCUCUGGAUGCACUCUUUCAGCCCACUGGACAGAGUCCUAACAGCUUGCUGUGCCCACUGCUGCUGUCAAUCUUGUCGGCCAAUUACAGACAAUGCCCAGAAGUCCAUAAGAGACCAGCCCCAGAAACACGCUCUGUCAAAGGAAAGCCACUGCUAUGAUAACACAGUGAACAUAGAAAGUGCACGUCUGUGA